AUGUUCGAGAAAUCCGAGCUUUCUGCGACUCACACCUCGUCGCGAACCAAUUCAGCGGGGAGUACGCCACCAAAGACGAGAAUGGGGAAGUAUAUGGCGCUCGUCAAAGAAUUGGCUGCGAAGUUCACCAAAUUCGAGCUAACGCGAGUACCCCGCGGCGAGAACACGCAAGCAGACGCCAUAGCUGCGCUAGCAUCCACGUCCGACCCAGAUCUCAAAAGGAUAAUAACGGUGGAGUUUAUUGAACAACCAAGUAUCGAUGCUCCAGGCCCAGUUAUGGCGAUAACGUCAACACCACCCGAACUAGACGAUGGGAUAGCCGACAUGGAGAUAGACGGAGAAGUUGAAUACGGCUGUGACAGAGAAUGGAUGGGCGCGAUCCGAGCAUAUAUACAUGACGGCGAAAUCCCGACAGAGAAAUGGGCAGCUCGCUACGUGGUGAUAGAUGGAAACUUAUUCAAAUGGCGAUUCUCGGGGCCGUUGCUCAAAUGCGUCGAGGGGAAGGACGUGCGGAAAAUCAUGGAAGAAAUCCACAGCGGCUCUUGCGGAAACCACUCAGGCGGACGAGCCUUAGCAAUCAAGAUUAAGCGUCAUGGGUACUACUGGCCAUCAAUGAUCACGGAUUGCGAGAAGUACUCGGCCAAAUGCGAGAAAUGCGAACGACAUGCGCCGACGAUCCAUCAACCCGCCGAGCUACUAUCGUCCAUCUCGGCGCCGUACCCAUUCAUGCGCUGGUCGAUGGACAUCGUGGGUCCCUUGCACCCGUCGAAGCAAAAACGAUUCUUGCUGGUACUAACGGAUUAUUUCUCUAAGUGGGUGGAGGCAGAUUCGUACGCUAGCAUAAAAGACGCUCAAGUCGAACAAUUCGUUUGGAAGAACAUCAUCUGCCGCCAUGGAAUUCCUCAUGAGAUCGUCACUGUUAACGGCUCGCAGUUCAUUUCAGCUCACUUCGAAGGAUUCUGCGAAAAGUGGAAAAUUCGACUCAGCAAAUCUACGCCGCGCUUUCCGCAAGGAAACAGUCAAGCCGAAGCAACUAACAAGACGAUCCUUGACGGUUUAAAGAAACGUUUAGGCGAGAAGAAAGGAUGUUGGGCAGACGAGCUCGAAGGAGUGCUAUGGUCCCACCGAACUACACCGCGACGAGCAACAGGAGAGACGCCGUUCGCGCUCGUGUACGGCACAGAGUGCGUGAUCCCGUCGGAGAUCCACUUCCCAGGAGUUCGUCGUUGGCUUUUACCAGAACAAGAAGGACUUAACCACCUGAUGCUCCUCGACGAGCUGGACUUGAUAAACGAACGACGCGACCAAGCGUUGAUCCGCAUCGAGAACUACCAGCAAGCGACAGCCAGAUACUACAACGGCAACGUUCGAAGCAGAAGGUUCAGAAUAGGAGACUUGGUCCUACGCAAAGUCUUCCAGAAAACCGCCGAGCUGAAUGCAGGGAAGUUGGGCGCGAACUGGGAAGGCCCCUACAAGAUAAUCGACGUCGUGCGACCUGGUGCGUACAAACUCGAAGGAAUGGACGGAAAAACGAUACACAAGCCGUGGAACGUGAUGCACUUGAAAAAGUACUAUCACUAG